AUGCCGUCUCCAACGUCGGGUUUCUUAAAUCUACUCAACCCGCCCAACGAGGCUGCUUCGGCUACUUCAACCGACUCAUCUCACUCUUCCAUGGCCUCUUCUGCGAGCCUACUACCGCCACUAAUGAAGGGUGCUCGUCCCGCGACCGAGGAGGUCCGCCAGGACCUUCCUCGGCCUUACAAGUGUCCCCUGUGCGACCGGGCCUUCCAUCGUCUGGAGCAUCAGACUCGCCACAUCCGCACGCACACUGGCGAAAAGCCUCAUGCCUGCCAGUUUCCCGGCUGCACCAAGCGCUUCAGUCGCUCCGAUGAACUCACUCGUCACUCGCGCAUCCACAACAACCCCAACUCACGCCGCAGUAACAAGGCGCAGCAUCUGGCCGCUGCCGCUGCCGCGGCCGCCGGUCAGGAUACCCCCAUGGCCAACUCGGGCAACAUGAUGCCACCUCCCACCAAGCCGAUUACUCGCUCCGCCCCGGUCUCCCAGGUCGGAUCUCCGGACGUCUCGCCGCCGCACUCCUUCUCCAACUAUGCCAAUCACAUGCGCUCCAAUCUGGGGCCAUACUCGCGCAAUGGCGACCGUGCUUCCUCGGGUAUGGACAUUAACCUGCUGGCCACCGCUGCCUCGCAGGUCGAGCGUGACGACCACAUCGGCUAUCAUUCGCGCGGCCCCAUGUUCGGAUCUCGCCACCAUGGCAGCAGUCGCGGCCUUCCGUCUUUGUCGGCCUAUGCCAUCUCCCAGAACAUGACCCGGUCGCAUUCCAAUGAGGACGACGAUGGCUACGGGCAUCGCGUCAAGCGCUCGCGGCCUAAUUCGCCCAACUCCACCGCGCCCUCCUCGCCCACCUUCUCGCACGACUCUCUGUCCCCAACGCCCGACCACACUCCUCUGGCGACACCCGCCCACUCCCCUCGUCUCCGUCCGAUGGGCCAACAUGAGCUGCAUCUUCCUUCGAUCCGCCAUCUGUCGCUCCAGCACACUCCCGCCCUUGCCCCCAUGGAGCCCCAGCCCGAAGGUCCCAACUACUACAGUCCUGGCCCGGGCCACAUGGGGCCGAGUCUCAGCGAUAUCAUGUCCAAAUCGGACGGUACGCAGCGCAAGCUGCCCGUGCCGCAGGUGCCCAAGGUGGCCGUGCAGGAUAUGCUGAAUCCGACCAGCGGCUUCUCGUCCAUGUCCUCGUCGACGAACAAUUCCGUGGCUGGCGGCGACCUGGCAGAUCGCUACUAA